AUGGACACUGGAAAUUGGAGCAAGGUGACAGAGUUUAUCAUCUUGGGCUUUCCACAGCUUCAGGGUGUCCAGACUUACCUCUUUUUCCUACUGCUUCUCAUCUACCUUAUCACCAUCCUGGGAAACUUAUUGAUCUUUCUGGUGGUCAGAUUGGAUGUUAAGCUCCACACACCAAUGUACCAAUUUAUUAGUGUCCUUUCUCUCCUUGAGCUUGGAUACACAGCUACUACCAUCCCUAAGAUGCUUGCUAACCUUCUCAGCAAAAAGAAGACUAUCUCAUUUUCUGGCUGUCUCCUUCAGAUCUACUUUUUUCACUCUUUUGGAGCUUCUGAGUGCUACCUUCUCACAGCCAUGGCUUAUGACAGAUAUCUGGCCAUCUGCCAGCCCCUCCAAUAUCCUACCCUUAUGACUCCAGCACUCUGUACCAAGAUGGCUGCAGGUUGCUGGCUGGGUGGCUUGGCAGGGCCAAUAAUUGAAAUCUCCUUGGUUUCUCAGCUCCCCUUCUGUGGCCCCAAUUGCAUUCAGCAUAUCUUUUGUGACUUUCCCCCCAUAUUAAGUCUGGCUUGCACAGACACCUCCAUCAACAUCCUGGUGGACUUUAUAAUCAACUCCUGCAAGAUCUUAGUAACCUUCCUAUUGAUCCUCACCUCCUAUGUUCAGAUUAUCCUAACUGUCCUCAGAAUACCUUCAGCUGAGGGCAAGAAGAAAGCAUUUUCCACUUGUGCCUCCCACCUUGCUGUGGUCCUCAUCUUCUUUGGGGGUAUCCUCUUCAUGUAUGUGAGACUGAAGAAGAGUUACUCACUUGAUUAUGAUCGAGCACUGGCUGUUGUCUACUCCAUACUCACACCCUUCCUUAACCCCUUCAUCUAUAGUCUACGCAAUAAGGAGAUCAAGGAUGCUUUGAGGAGGCAGUUGCAGAGGGCAGGGAUCCCACAUGCUGAUCCAUAA